CAUGCAACGCAGGAGCACGUCCGUCCCACGAAAUCUACGAGGGCAGGAGAAUAUUCAACGCUCUCCCGAGAUUUCCAAAAGAUAAGAGAGAGAUUCUGAAUCCCACAGCUGUCUAUGAUCCUGUUCGGUGUAUGUAAGCCAACCGGACUUGCCUCGUCUCCGCAGGAUCUGCAGCUGUGUUCCUUUUUGCGCCUCUCUCUCUCUCUCUCUCUCGCCCUCUUCAGCCCAUUCCCACGUGGUCAUUCACCCGCUUAUUUUCUUGAUAUAGUUUGAUUAAAUGGUAAGUCAGUAAGCAUGAUGAUGAUAUUGGAAGAUCAAAGGUGCACUGUAUCCGAAACGAAUCUUCCUCUCCCUGUCUUUCCUUACUUGUUUUCUCAAUGAAUUCUGUGUAUCUCACCGCUCCACACACUCAUCGUCCCCUCCCCUCCCCUCCCCUCUUCUUUAUACCAAUCCCCACCCCCCUCUCGCGCUCAUAUAUUAGCUAGGGAGAGGGAGAGAGAGAGAGAGAGAGAGAGAGAGAGAGAGAGAGAGAGAGAGAGGGAUCUGCAGUGACACCCAGUUAAUCAUCACAUAAGAUCUACCGAUCAAGAUUGAAAAUGGCGGCAGCCGCUCCUCCGCCGAACCCCGUGCCGGUUGCCUACCAGGCCUUCACGUCGGCUGCGGUGCCCGACUGGCUGAACAAGGGCGACAACGCAUGGCAGAUGGUGUCGGCCACGCUCGUCGGCCUCCAGAGCGUGCCGGGCCUCGUCAUCCUCUACGGCAGCAUCGUCAAGAAGAAGUGGGCGGUCAACUCCGCCUUCAUGGCCCUCUACGCCUUUGCCGCCGUCGUCCUCUGCUGGGUCAUCUGGGCCUACAAGAUGUCCUUCGGCGACAAGCUCCUCCCCUUCUGGGGCAAGGCCGGCCCCGCCCUCGGCCAGAGCUUCCUGAUCAAGCAGGCCGUCUUGCCUGAGACCAAGCACUUCUACAAGAACCAUACUACGGUCGAGACGGACACCGCGAGACCCUUCUACCCGAUGGCGUCGAUGGUGUGGUUCCAAUGCGUGUUCGCCGCCAUCACGCUGAUCCUCCUCGCGGGGUCGGUGCUCGGGCGGAUGAACUUUAGGGCAUGGAUGAUGUUCGUGCCGCUCUGGUUGACCUUCUCCUACACGGUGGGCGCGUUCAGCCUGUGGGGCGGCGGCUUCUUGUUCCAUUGGGGCGUCAUGGACUACUCCGGCGGCUACGUCAUCCACCUCUCCUCCGGCAUCGCCGGCCUGACCACCGCUUACUGGGUGGGACCGAGAUUAACAAAGGAUAGGGAGAGAUUCCCUCCGAACAAUGUGCUGCUGAUGUUGGCGGGGGCAGGACUGCUGUGGAUGGGGUGGGCGGGGUUCAACGGGGGAGACCCGUACACGGCAAACAUAGACUCGUCAGUGGCCGUGCUCAACACCAACAUAUGCGCGGCGACGAGCCUCCUGGUGUGGACGUGGCUCGACGUCAUCUUCUUCAAGAAGCCCUCCGUCAUCGGGGCCGUCCAGGGCAUGAUCACGGGCCUCGUUUGCAUCACUCCCGCCGCAGGUCUCGUCCAAGGAUGGGCGGCCAUAAUCAUGGGGAUCAUGUCCGGAAGCGUCCCGUGGUUCACCAUGAUGAUCGUGCACAAGAGGUGGACUUUGCUCCAGAAGAUCGACGACACCCUCGGAGUCUUCCACACCCACGCUGUAGCCGGCUACCUCGGCGGCAUCCUCACGGGCCUCUUCGCUGAGCCGGAGCUCUGCUCCCUCUUCCUCCCGGUCACCAACUCGAGGGGGGGAGUCUACGGCGGCUCCGGCGGGGUCCAGAUCCUGAAGCAGAUGGUGGGCGGGGCCUUCAUCAUCGGGUGGAACGCGGUGGUCACGUCAGUCGUGUGUGUGGCGAUAAGCUGGGUGGUGCCGCUGCGGAUGCCGGAGGAGCAGUUGCUGAUUGGGGACGACGCGGUGCACGGGGAGGAGGCCUAUGCGCUGUGGGGGGAUGGGGAGAAGUACGAUUCAACCCAGCAUGGUAUGCUUUCAGAUGAAACCACGCACCCCAAGGCAUCUAGCGGUGCGACACAAGUAGUGUAACAUAUAUGGCCAGAGACGGAUUCAAAGAAUGCAUAAGAACGAUUAUUUUUAGCAUAGAUAGAUAGAUCGAUACUGGUUUGGUUUGGGAUAUGAAUGUUGAUGAUGAUCUUCUUGGCUUUUUA